AUACAAAGAUGGUGGGUGUGUGACGCCAGCUUUAGGGUAUGGGCACACCUAGUGUAUUUUCUCCAUCGGGGGGCGCUGCAGGGUCUGAGAUCCCUGGUGCAGAUAGUGAACAGAUUUGUCACACAUUUCACCCAAUACUAAAGCAAAGCGUGAAAACUGCGGUAACCAAUAGUUCUCUGUAACAGGAAGCGAAUGUCCUGCGCGAUCCUAUACCAUACAGCGCAGAUGUGAUCACCUGCGGAAGUGGAGGAGCCGGAGCCCGAACAGAGGGGCGGACGACCGAAAAACCGCAGAUUGAGAAACUGAGGUCUGAGCAAAGAAAGGAAAUGGAGUCAUCAUAUACGGGAGAGAGUCUGAGCACUGCAGCCGGCGCCGGUGAUCGUUGACCAGGUAUUGGCGCGGUAGUAGAGUCGUAUUGAGGCGAUGAUAUCACGGCUCCCCCUCGGUCAGGAUGGCCAGUUGUGGAAUCACCUAUUCACAGCCGGCACAGUCAUCUCUUCACUUCCCUUCAGUCGUCUCCGCCUGAAACCGCAGCAGGAAGUCACAGAUCGGCUCUCGCCUGCGCUCACUCUUCCUGUGCACUUGUUGCACAUCUGGGUCUGAGCCGUCACUUUGUCGCAUUCAGUCCCCGGUAUCAGGGAGAUCGCCCCUCGCUGGCAGAUGGCGGAACAGGAGAGCCUGGAAUUUGGAAAAGCAGAUUUUCUUCUCUUGGACAAUGUGACUAUGGAGGAGUUUAUGGCAAAUCUGAAGCUCAGGUUUGGCUUUGGCAGGAUCUACACCUAUAUCGGGGAAGUCGUGGUGUCGGUGAACCCCUACAAAAACAUGGACCUGUAUGGGAAAGAAAUGAUCGAGUAUUACCGGGGGAGGGAGCUGUACGAGAGACCCCCGCAUCUGUACGCCAUCGCAGACGCAGCGUAUAAGGCCAUGAAACGCAGGGCGAAGGACACGUGUAUAGUUAUAUCAGGUGAGAGCGGAGCCGGGAAGACUGAAGCCAGCAAGUACAUCAUGCAGUACAUUGCAGCCAUAACGAACCCCACUCAACGAGAGGAGGUGGAAAGGGUGAAGAACGUUCUCCUGAAGUCCAACUGUGUUCUUGAAGCCUUCGGAAACGCUAAAACCAACCGCAAUGAUAACUCUAGUAGAUUCGGUAAAUACAUGGACAUCAACUUUGACUUCAAGGGUGACCCAACCGGUGGACACAUCAACAACUAUCUUUUGGAGAAGUCCCGGGUCCUGAAGCAGCAGCGGGGAGAAAGGAACUUCCACUCGUUCUACCAGCUCCUCCUGGGGGCCCCCGAAGCAUUACUGAGUUCGUACCACCUGCAGAGGGACCCCACAUUAUACGUCUUCACCAGUGAGGGCGCUAACAACAAUUUUGUGAUCAAUGACAAAGCCAAUUACAAACUGGUGGUGGAUUCCAUGAAGGUGAUCGGCUUCAGCCAAGACGAGGUGGAUUCAGUCUACAAGAUCCUGGCCGCCAUCUUACACCUGGGUAACAUGUGUUUUGCGAUGGACGGCGACGUGGUAAUUCUCGAAAACGAGGACCUGGUCCGUCAUAUCGCUCGGCUGACAAGCUGCGACACGGACGCCGUGAAGAAGACGCUUCUCUACAGGACGGUGGCGGCUGGAGGGGGUGAGAUUAUCGAGAAGGGGCAUGGCAUCAAAGAGGCGGCAUACGCCGCUGAAGCCUGCGCCAAGGCUUUCUACGAGAGGUUGUUCUGCUGGAUCGUCGGCCGUAUAAACAGCGUAAUAGAGGUGAAGAACUACGACAUUCGGGUCCACGGAAAGAACACGGUUAUUGGGGUCCUGGAUAUUUAUGGCUUUGAGAUCUUCGAUAAUAACAGCUUUGAGCAGUUCUGUAUAAAUUACUGUAAUGAGAAGUUGCAGCAGCUGUUUAUUGAGCUGAUCCUCAGACAGGAGCAGGACGAGUAUCAGAGAGAGGGCAUCGAGUGGCAGCACAUUGAAUACUUUAAUAAUCAGAUCAUUGUGGAUCUGGUGGAGCAGUCACAUAAAGGAAUCAUCUCCAUCUUGGAUGAGGCCUGUCUGACUGUAGGAGCGGUCACAGACACCAUCUUCCUGGAGUCCAUGAACAGCAAACUUGGCAGACACCCCCAUUACACCAGCAGGAAGCUUUCCCCAACAGACAAGUCGAUGGCGUUUAACCGAGACUUUCGGAUAAAGCACUACGCUGGAGACGUAACGUAUUCAGUGGAAGGAUUCCUGGACAAGAACAAGGACACGUUGUUCCAGGAUUUCAAACGGGUGAUGUACAACAGUAAGGACCCCGUUCUCCGGGACAUGUGGCCAGACGGACAGACAAGUAUAAGUGAAGUGACUAAGAGACCCCUCACCGCAGCCACACUCUUCAAGAACUCCAUGAUUCUGUUAGUAGAGAACUUGGCCUGUAAGGUCACAGGACUGAGCGUCACAGAAGGUCCGGACCAGUUAGUCGUCCUCCACACCCAGAAGAACGAGGACCUGGCCUUCUGCCUGCACUGUGUGGUAGCGCCCAAUGAAUGCCGUGUGGGUGAAUUGGUGGGCACCCUGAUGAAUUACUUCAGAUCAACCCACCAGAAGUUCUCCGUGAAAGUCGCCGCUAGCGUCCAGAUGAACGUCCGAGGCAGAUGGCGCCCGAUCUCCGUGGAGACGAGAACUGACAUAGCAAUGCCCGACUUCCGCAAGGGCCGCAAUGGUCUGGUGCUGUACUGGCCGGGGGUCCGAACCCACAACUGAGGAACUGCUGGGAAUAUAGGGGGAGAUUUAUCAAAACCCGUCCAGUGGAAAAGUUGCUGAGUUGCCCAUAGCAACCAAUCAGAUCGCUGCUUUCAUUUCUCAGAGGCCUUUUCAAAAAUGAAAGAAGCGAUGCGAUUGGUUGCUAUGGGCGACUAGGCAACUUUUCUUCUGGACACUAUGGGGGAGAUUUAUCAAAACCUGAGCAGAGAAAAAGUUGCCCAGUUGCCCAUAGCAACCAAUCAGAUCGCUGCUUUCAUUUUACAGAGGCCUUGUUAAAAAUGAAAGCAGCGAUCUGAUUGGUUGCUAUGGGCAACUCAGCAACUUUUCCUUUUCCCAGGUUUUGAUAAAUCUCCCCCUAUGUGCGGAGUCUCGUGUCCUGUCUGCUCAGAGCUGCGUUUCCUUUUAUAACUUCGGGGCCAUAUGGUGGCAUCCAUUGACUUUUGGAGGAGGAAAAUAAUUGGUCGUCCAACCGGAUACAAGUCUUCUCUUCCCCCCUUCUCAAUGCUGUGUAUGGGCUCAAUAAAUCAUGCGGCUCAUUAUAUUCGUCACUGUUUAUCGGGCGUUUUGCGCCCAACAAUGAUAACGUAAAUGGCCGCACAAAAAGCGUGUUUACUUGUUUAUGGAGCGAUCGCUGACCAUUUUACACGGGACGAUUAUCGUUCCUAGGAAGACUCAUUUGCCCAUGUAAGAGGGAAUUUACCCCAUAACCUUCUGCACUUACACAAAUUAAAGGGGUACUCCGUCCCUUGACAUCUUAUCCCCUAUCCAAAGGAUAGGGGAUAAGAUGUCUGAUCGCAGUGGACCCUCCGC